UCUAGAUGAAAAAAAUAGAAGAUAGGAUGGCACCAAACGGGAGAAGGAAGAGCGUGAGCGGAAGCUUGGUGAAGCCGCCACCACCACCAAAGCUAGCGAAAGAGUCACUGCAUAGGUCCCUGUCAGACAUAUCGUUGGAUUUCCACAGAGAAGAAGAGAAAGGACUGGGGACGAUAGUGGAGGUAGAGAAGGCAAAGUGCGAGUGCUGCGGGAUGAGAGAGGAGUGCACGAUGGAGUACAUAGAGAGGGUGAGGGAGAAGUUCUUUGGGAAGUGGAUAUGCGGACUGUGCUCAGAGGCGGUGAAGGAGGAGAGGGAUAAGAGAGAUGAGGAAGGGCUAGAAGGGGCCUUGAAGGCGCACAUGAGCGCCUGCCUCAGGUUCAACAAGCUCGGGAGGGAGUAUCCGGCUCUCUUCCAAGCUGAUGCCAUGAGAGAUAUGCUCCGGAGAAGCACGAGGGGGACCGUGCUCUACUCCCUGUUCCAGCUCUGUCUCGGUGUUUACAGACUCCUCACCGGAUCUCCCAUUACACCCUCCCGCUUCCAAGCUUGGCUUUGCUUCACCUCUGAUCAGCUCUUUGGUUAUUUGAUGAUGAGCGCUGGAUCAGCCGGUUCUGGAGUUACCAACCUCAACAAAACCGGCAUCAGGCACACUCCUCUCCCCGACUUCUGCAAGACCCUUUCUUCUUUCUGCAAUCAUGUGGCCCUGUCUCUCCUCUUAGUCUUCCUCUCAUUCAUCUUCCUCGCUUCCUCUUCCUUCUUCACUGUCCUUGUGCUCUCCACUCCCUAGUCUCUCUCUAUUCUUGUUGCUUUAUAUAAUCCAACAAAGACUCUACUUGCAA